AUGGCUAAGCCGUUAACUUACGAAUGUUUGAAGUCAGUGUUGCUGUAUUUAAAUGCUAAUUUGAGAUUCCACCUGUUCAACAGAUGUGCUUCUUUGAAACUCACCGAAAAAAUUGUUCCGCUGCGGAUCGAUAGUUUAAAACUCGAUCAGAGGCUGAUUACAGUGAACAAAACCACCUAUUUAUUCGGAAUUUAUCGAGAUUAUCAUACUAAAUGUGAUAUUCCAAGAUGUAUUCAACACAAAAAUAAUACUGGUGGACUUGGAAACGAUUUAGAUCAAUAUGGUCUACCAGAUUACUCGAUUGAUCAUGUUGUGACUUCUGGAGAUUUGGUGAUUAAAGAAAAUGGUUGGCAGGAGCAUAUCGAUCAGACGAGAAAUAGAAGUAUGCAACAACUAGAGGAAAAUGUGGAAAGUUCGAAAGGAAGUUCGGAAAAGCAUGACGAAUGGUCGUUGGAAUUUUACCUUGCUGAGUUACAACCUCACUACUAUAAGCGGGACAAUGUAUCGCCUCCAUACGAUCCUUUUAUUCAGCUAACAAUAAAACAUGAAGACGAAACAAAAACAAUUCACCGAACAAAGUAUACCAUGAAACUACACGAAGCAAUCAAAAAAUUCAACACACUUUUAUUUGGAGGACGUAGAUCAACGAUUCACGUGAAACGUCUCAAAGUUUCCAAUCAUCACUUGAUUAUCAGACUUCCAAUCGAUGUGAAAUUCCGAAUUCAAGAAUUGAAAUUCACUGGAACUGUGGAGAUAGCAUAUGGAGAAUUGAAGAAAGUGGUGGUGAAUAUAGAUGAGCCAUUGGAAGAGUUAUUCGUGGACACAAUUGCAGAUUUGCCGCAAAAUUUUGAGCAUUCAUUGAUUGCCAAUUCCAAGUCGUUGAUUAUUCGAAAAUACGCGCAACGGCUUAUCGGAGAUUAUUUGAAACUGAAAAACCGACGUGUUCAUAUGCGAUUUGAGGAUUGUCUUUUCUAUGAGAGGGACCAUAUUCUCUUGAUUCGAAAUUGGUUGGAAACGAAUAGAGACGUUGGAUAUUGCUAUACUUUUGCGUUUGAUAAGAAGGAAACUGUUGUGAGACGAUUGGAAUUAAUCAAGACGGAAUUCGAUGGAGAUAUGAAUGAUCAGGGGUAA